UCAUUAAUGAAAGGGAAGAGAUGAAAAAUGGCAAUGAAUCGAAAACCUUGUUGAUAUUCAAACCAGAGGAGAUAAAGAAGAUGGAUUAUUUACAAGCUGCAUUAUCAGAGGCUCUUAGGUUGUAUCCUUCAGUACCUGUAGAUCACAAGGAGGCUGUUGAAGACGACGUAUUUCCAGAUGGAACAGUGCUGAAGAAAGGAACGAACGUGGUCUAUGCAAUCUACGCAAUGGGAAGAAUGGAAACCAUAUGGGGAAAAGACUGCAGGAUGAAAUUCACAGCCGCCUCGACCAUAUACCGUUACCAUAUGAAGGUGGUGGAAGAUCAUCCCAUUGCACCAAAGCUUGCCCUGACCAUGUAUAUGAAGCAUGGCCUGAAGGUGAACCUUAUCAAGCGCCAUGAAACAGAGCUUUUAAGUUAA